AUGAAGGUGACGCCAUGGCGAAAGCUAUCGGAGGAGUUGUUGAGCCAGGGCAUCAAGAGCUUCUACCGACAGAAGAACCUGGUUCCAGUAGGCGUCACUGAAGAAGCUCUUGCCCCCUGGGCAGCAAAAAUGGCUAUGGCGUCUAGGAAGCUUGUCCAGCGCUUCAGGCGUAUUUACUGCGAGACACCUGAGAAUGCCAAGAGCAAUAGCUUGAAGGAGUUGAAGCGCAGACUUCAACGCGCAGAGAUCAUACCACCUCCGAGGGCCAAAAGAGGUCAGACAGAUGAGGCCGACAUGGAGCCUGUGGAGCCUCAGAAGGCUGCGAGUCCUGAUACCAUGGAGCAGCUUGUUUCGCCGCCGCCUAAGCACGUGGACUUUGACUGGGCUAAGCUCAGCGGUCUGGUGCAGAAGCGCUUGGUUUCAAAUGCAGCUGCAAAGGAGAAAGACAACGCAGUGGUGUCAGAGAAACCUGUUGCUACGCCUGCCCGCUCAAGCAGGCCACUGCCAGGUUUUGUACUUAAAGCUUUGGAGAAACAAGUGGUCUCGGUGACUCCUUUUGCCACUACGGCAGGAGAUGAGGACGUGAAAAAUGAGGAUGUGAAGCCUGAUGGCGGCAAGUCGUCCAAGCAAAAAAAGGCCAAGGCCAAGGCAAAGCCUAAAAAGAUUUCAAAGAAGGCCAAGAAGGUGAUAGCUGAUGAGGAAAUGGAAAGAGAGUUGUGUUUGGUGGACGCUUCCUGUGAACCCCAGCACUCCCAAAAGCAGCCUUUGCCCGGCGAGGCUCCCCUGCUAGAGGAAAAGUGUGACAAGGUGGCCGAGCCUGUGUAUGCGGGCUUCUGUGGAGUGGCUUUGGACAUUGACUUGGACAAGAGCAUGGACUUCCUCAAGCCUGCAGGGGCAAGAGGAAGCCACGCACGCUCCAUUGUCUUUCCACGUGGCAAUGAAGGCUUUACCUUUGUCCAUCUUGGCAACCGCUUAGCGGCGGUGGUUGCCCUUCUUACCUACUACUCUCUGAGCCAGGGUUGCAGGGUAUUGAUUGAGCAGCCUCAGGGAUCUUUAGCUUGUGAACACCCUCGGCUGGAGGUGCUCUUGAGGGAGCUUGGAUUGUACCAGGCAUCGAUCUGGGGCGGAGCUUAUUGUCAAGACGCAACACGCUCCACUCCGAAGCAGCACGUCUUGUAUUCGCAAGACUAUCAUUUGCUUUCUCGCCUUCAAGCUGCAGCCGGAUAUUUGAGCGCUGAAAGAUUGGCGGAGUUGCGUGGGCCAUCUUUGGUAAAAAACAGAAGCGUGCAGAUGGUGCUCCCCAAAGCUCCUUUGGUUGGCGAUGAGAAGAUCUAUGAAACAUCUGACGUGGCCCUGUUAGAGGCUGGUUGCAUGGAUGCGAUUAGGGAGGAAAACCAUGGCCGUAAGCCUUCGGCCAACCAACUUGCCAAAGCCUUGGGUAUCUCUGCGCACGACGCCAAAGAGAUUUUGGAUGACAUGGACCCCGCCCCGCAGAACAAGAAACUUCGAGUGAGCAAGGAGCCUGAUCAUCAUCCACCUGAACCACCCGCACCUGCUCCAUCCUGCCCACCAGACUUGGAGGACACGUUCAGAGACGAGGAUGUGGAAGUGGUCGAGGCGGUUGAGCCGCUUUCCCAGUCCACACGCUGGGAGGAAAUUCCGGCUGCUCAGCUUGACCCCCCUUUGGAGAUGCCGCCUGCUGGGGACUUGAAGGCUCCUGUGGAGAGAUUGGGAUCUCAAAGGUCGAUUGCCACCUUACUUCAGGGACAGCAGUUGUUGAAGGGCGGCUCCAAGGUCCUUGUGCUGAGCGAUGAGGAGGAGGAAGCGGAAGCUCAAGCUGCUGAAUUGCUCAAUACCACCGAAGCCCAUGAGCGCAGGCAAAGCCAGGAAGCUCUGAGGGUGGCCCAGGAAGCGAAGGUCAAUGAAGCUUUGGAGCAACACGAGCUGGCCAAAGCUGCUCGUCGUUCAGCCUCGCCUCCACCUGAAGGGCAUGCGGGAGCAGGCGCUGACUUGCCAGAAGGUAUGGCUUCCGGAACGCAUGUCAUGGAGAUUUCUUCAACUACUCACCGAAAAGAGUGGGCUACGCUGAGCCGCGUUGCCAAGGGUCCGCGAGCCAGCGAAUUCCCGGAAGUUGCGCGCCUUUUCCAGGGCACAAAAGCGCAGAAGCUUGAAGUACUUAAGGCUUUUGUGGAGCGAGGUAGCCUGGAAGCGAUCGAGGCUAGCCUUCAGGCUACGAGGCAACAUGAUGACAGCUUACAGGUCAAGCGAAAGUUGAUGACGCUUGAUGAAAUGAAUGCCGCUGGCUUCAGUGAGCACUUAGCCUGCAUGGCAAAGGAGAAGAAGCUGGGAUGCAUCCGCAGAGGAGCAGUUCCAGACCCUGAUGCGCCGAAUUGUCAGAAGAGCCAGAGGUUUUGGGUGAAUGUGGGAACUGAGCAAACAACGACAGAAAGGCAAACGCUCACCACGAGCAUGCAAGCGGGGAUCAGAGGGUCAGAUGCUAUGUCUGCAAUGGGCAUGAUGCUCCCGACUCCGACGCUGUCAGUGGCUGACCCAGUGGCCUUGGCGCGCCAGCAGCAGGCGGCAGUGGCUCAAUCCCCAGCCGCUCCGGCAUCUCCAGCACCUCCAGUACCCCGUGCAGAAGUCAAGAAAGAGCUGACUGCACUGAACUCCUUGCUCCUGGAUGUGGGGGAGUACGGAGAUGGCAGGUUUUCCGAGGGCACCACAGCCUUGAACCGGCACGUCCAAACUUUGAAGGGAGUUUUUUCCAGGCUUGCUGCUGAAGUGGGUCGCGGUGGCUCCACUCUAGCAGCCAUGGUCAAAUCUGGCAACGCCUACAAGGAUUUGUUGACUUGGCACUACAUACCAGUGAGUGCUGAAGAUGGCGAAAACAUGGAACUAGUUGAGUGGCCGCCACACGGCGAUGACGUUGCGCCACUAUCUAUAUUUGGAGAUGAGAUCCAGGUAUUUGAUGGUGACCUUUGUAUGUGCAUCAAUUGGAGUGCAGAGACUUCCACAAUCCAUGAAGACACCCGCGCUAGCAGGUACCUUAUAGCAUUGCUCCCGAAAAGAUUCUACUAUAUGGACAGAAAAGUCAAUCGCACCCUCCAGGCUGUUAUGAAAGUCAUCACUGAUAGCAUGAAUAAAUUGGAGACGGCUGGAUGCACAGUUGGAGGAAAGAACCUUCGAGGUUUGGUAGCCAGUGUGAAGGGGGAUUGGAAAUUCUUUGGGCAACUGUUGAAUGCUCGCGUUGGCCCAUCCUCGAAUGAGAUAUGUCAUAUUUGCAGGUGCACCAAGGAUUUGCAACGGCCAUACACUGAUAUCACAGAAGGAGCACUAUGGAGGUCGGACCCACGGCCAGAGGAUGAAGUGUGGUAUGAGAAACCUACUGUCACCAAUCUGAACCAAUGGAAGAUAUCGCUUCUAGCUCCUGAUAUCAUGCACACAUUUCAUUUAGGCACAGGCCGGGACAUUGCCGCGAGUGUGUUGACCAUUCUUUUGCGAAGCCGGGUCUUUUCCGGCAGCAACGUUGCUGCGCGGAUGGUGACGGCGUCGCGCUUGAUCCGAGAAUGGUCGAAGAAGGAUUCUACAAGGAAUGUACUUCCCAGCACUUGGAGCCUGAAAAAGUCAAACCUUGGCUUGAAAACCGGCUCGUAUGUGCACUACCAUGGAAAAGCGUGGCACAUAGCCACAAUUUUAGGUUUCCUCGUUGAUUUCCUGGAGGAGCAAGAUGUCGACUCAGACUUGAAGAUGAUAUGCUGGACAGGUGACUAUAUCAUGAGCAUGCUGCACCAGGAACGAAAAGAUUCAGGCCUACUCCUUUCGGAGGAGAGCAAGGAAGCUCUGAGGGUUGUUGGGGGUUACCACAACAAAUUGCUAUUGUCCUUGCACAUUCGCUACAAAGGCUUCUGUUGCUACCUCUUGUUCAACGUGAGGCCGAAGUUUCAUAUGCAGGUUCACAUGCUAGAGACUGCUGCCCAGACAGGGCGGAACCCCGUGGUUCAAGCCAAUUGGAUGGAAGAAGACUUUGUGCGAACAGUUGCCAACUUGGCGAAGAAGACACACAAACGAACCAGCCAUCUGACGACGCUGCUGCGCUACACAGCAGGACAUUGA